AUGCCCGGGCGCCACGGCAAGCAGCGCGUGAAGCGCAAGAAGUCCAAGCGGCAGCCCGUGACGGACAUGGAGCGGACGCUGAAGGACAGCAUCCACGGCAGGAAGCGCAAGGAGCGAAGCAUCCUCAAGAACCUGAUCCCACCCAAGGUGGUGCCCAAGGUGAACAAGGUCGCUAUAUCGAGUGCGCUGCCGAUGUUCCAGCCUUGCACCGAAAAGAAGCAGAGGAGGGCGUGA